AUGGGGCUCUCGGAGGAGACCAGCGCCCCGCGCUCCCCCGCCGGCCUGCGCGGCUCCCCGGCCACCCCCGCGCCCCCCACUCGGGCCAGCAACGCCAGCCGCCCGGGGGUGUCGGCGGCCGCCUGGCUGCGGACCGCGCUGGCCCCCGGCGAGGUGAUCGCGGCGCAGAGCGGCGCCUUCGAGAGGGACCCGCAGGAAUCCAGCACCACGGACGAGGAGCUGAGCCGGGCGGGCAGCACCACGCCGGACUACGGCGAGAAGCGGCUGCCGCAAGCCCUGAUCAUCGGCGUGAAGAAGGGGGGCACCCGGGCGCUCCUGGAGGCCAUCCGGGCGCACCCCGACGUGCGCGCCGUGGGGGUCGAGCCCCACUUCUUCGACAGGAACUACGAGAAGGGGCUGGAGUGGUACAGGAACGUGAUGCCCAAAACUCUGGAUGGACAAAUAACGAUGGAGAAGACGCCGAGCUAUUUUGUGACCAACGAGGCCCCAAAGCGCAUUCACUCCAUGGCCAAGGACACCAAGCUGAUCGUGGUGGUGCGGAACCCGGUCACCAGGGCCAUCUCGGACUACACGCAGACGCUCUCCAAGAAACCUGAGAUCCCCACCUUCGAAGUACUCGCCUUCAAGAACCGGACCCUGGGACUGAUCGAUGCCUCCUGGAGCGCCAUCCGCAUUGGGAUCUAUGCGCUGCACCUGGAGAACUGGCUGCAGUACUUCCCACUUUCCCAGAUCCUCUUUGUCAGCGGCGAACGGUUAAUUAUUGACCCAGCUGGGGAAAUGGCCAAGGUCCAGGAUUUCUUAGGCCUCAAAAGGAUUGUGACAGAGAAGCAUUUUUAUUUCAAUAAAACCAAGGGGUUUCCUUGUCUGAAGAAGCCAGAGGACAGCAGCGCCCCCAGGUGCCUGGGCAAGUCCAAGGGUCGAACUCAUCCCAAAAUAGACCCAGAUGUUAUCCACAGACUGCGCAAGUUUUACAAACCAUUCAAUGUCAUGUUUUACCAAAUGACAGGUCAAGAUUUCCAGUGGGAACAGGAAGAAAGUGAUAAGUAAAGCCAAGACAGCAGGGAAAAAGCUCUCUGCUAUCUAGAGGUGAAUCGUUGUCAGAGACACUAAAAUCGCACAGGGCUAAAGUCUCAGUCUUGUGACAAAGAGACUUGCAUUGUCAAGGUUAAAGUCAAGCUGAACAGCAUUUCCAGCUCUGAAACCUUCCUGUCACAGCGAGCACAGGUUGCAUUUGGGUCUGUUCCAAGCCCUCCCACUGUAUUGUAUUGCAAGAAUGGCUGGGGGAGGCUCCGGUGGGACAGGGGAGGCUACCGGUUUCUAGCACUUUGUUCCUGGUGCUUCCUGUCAGCGCCAGCCAGUCAGUAUUCAGUGAGUCCUACCCACGGCCAACAAAGGAUGAGGGAAGCUUAUAGAAUCCCAAUAGCGACAAGGCGAGCCGACAGAUUCCAUUUCUUCUGCACUACUUUAGUUUUGCCUUGCUGGCAGUCAGGUGUCAGAUCACACACACACAAACAGCAAAGCUGCAAAGAAACUAUUUACACACACUUCACCUGCAUACUAGUUAGACCUUGCACUAGCUACCACAUACCAAGUGCCACAAAUAUCCUGAGCCGGAGUCUUUUCUCACUUUGGGGUGUAACUCCUUUAACUGAACAGAGUUGCUUCUGAUUUCCUCUGGUCUGCAGUGAGGCCAGAAUCCAGGCUUUCCCUCUAAGUCCUCAUAUGCUCCUUUAGAUGAUCACGCACUAAAAACCACUGUCAUGCACUGGCACCUAAGGAGCCAGCUGAGAGUGAUCUCAUGGGAUCCAUCUCAGAAAGCUUGGCCUGGACGCGUUGCACAGUCUCCUAGCAGAAGGUGCAGUGUCCCGCUCACAGCUCUUCCUGCAGGCAGGUAAUGAAAUGGCAUUUCUCAAUCAUUCUGGAAACCCGCUGCUUCCCCGCAUAGCAGAUGGCAGUUGAGGUUGUCAUUACAGGCGGCUUUUUAGUUCUUUGCUAGGUAGCCAUGAGCCCAGAAGGAGAUCCUCUACUGAGUAAAACCUCAUCACCGUGUCUAGAGUGGUGUGCAAAAUCCAGACACCGGCCUGACCUUCACAAAUGCUGAGCAGCCACAAAUGCCACUGACGUCCCUGGGACCGUGGGUGCUCAGCACUUCUGAAACUCAGGACUCAGCUGGGUUUGCAAAACCAUGAGACAUUCUUCAUCUUUGCUUCAAAAUCUGCAAAGAGGAGAAAAGGUCAUUUCCACCGAGCGAGCGCUCACUGCCCUGGAGAAAGCUUCCUUCCCCAGUGGAAAUAACAAAGGUUUAUGAUCAACCAAAUUGGCAAAUCCCGAUGGAAACGAUAAGAUAAGCACCUGUCACUCCUAGAACCGCAGCAAAUCCGAAGCGAGCUGCAUGCCUGGAUCAGCAAAGACAAGGUAGCAGCGGUUUGACACAGCUGCACUAUAGUCCAUGUCUGUUCCUGAGAAAAACCCAGGAACAGUGGGCACGAAAGGAAAACACCGUGUUACCUGUGAGGGAACAUUUCCUUCCUUUGGGUGAUUUCUUGCUGUCUGGGGUUUCUUUUCUUUUCUUUGCCUUUUAUUUACUGUGUAAAAAGAGCAGCAGUGGGGCCUGCUUUUGCAGGGGGAGGAGGGAAGGCGUUUCAUUUUUAUCAAGCCUCAGUGCUCCUUUGAGAUGUUGCGUUUGUUGCUGUUUGAAAGCAGCAAGAAAACACAGCUUAUGUAUUCCUGAGCAAGACCAAGGCUCGGUUUUGAUUAAGGUGGCAAGAAAUCCUUGUUGAUCCAACUAACCAAAGGAAAUGUCACUAAAACACUGUGAAGCUAGGUAACAAGCUGAACCUGCUUUGGGUUUCAUGGCCUGUCAUGUGGUUCAUUACACAAUCAAGUGGUGCUAGUGCUUUGGGUUGUAUAAAAGGAGCUAAAUUCAUUUGUCAGAUUUCGACUGUGGGCCAGGUUUGGGGAGAAUCACAUUCGUUCCCAGUGAGGUAAAUGUCAGUUCAUAUUAGCCUGAUUAGGUUUUAAAACAGCAUCUGACAUAAAACACUUUCUCACCGACCUGCAAACCGAGAAAUGUAUUAUACAAACACUGGAAAUAUGUAGUAAGGGGGGACGUUCAAUUGUUUCAGAUGUUAUUAAAACAUUAUUUCUUCUGCUAAAUGAAAGCUGGGUUGUUUUGCCAUUUCGUGCAAAAUGAUUCAUGGCUUCAGAUGGAGGGAAUUUUUUUAAAAUCUUCCCAAUUUCUAGGGUCCUGCUUACAUGGACACCCGAAGCCUUUUCUUAUUUCACAGGCCCCGCAAACCCUCAGCUCGUUUUGGUCUCACUCCUGCCCGAUGCUGAGCCCCGCCUGGAAAUACGAGGUUGCCCGUCAGCACGGGGAAUCAUAGAGUCAUAGAAUAUCAGGGU